CAGGGCGAGUGGGCUAUUGUUUAAACCUGGGCUAAGCGAUGUACAAGUUAACGUCGGUGCAUAUUUUUUGUAUUCUCUUCAGUUUUUCAGUAGCUUCCAAAGAAAAUAGUCCGAAUCCCCGCAUAGUAGGCGGAUUUCCCACUGAUAUUGUUAACGUACCAUAUAUAGUAUCCGUGCAGUUAUACGGCAACCACCAUUGUGGCGGCUCAAUAAUAAAUAAUCGUACUAUUGUCACCGCUGCCCAUUGCCUUGCCGGCAUACCGCGGCGCCUGCUAAAAGUCAAAGUUGGUGGAUCAUCGCGUGAUCCUACGGAUGGGCAGCUAUUCUCUGCAGCCUCGAUUCAUUAUCACGAUAAAUGGUCUGCCAAGACAAUGGAUUAUGACAUUGGAUUAAUACGAUUAGUCAAUGAGUUGACUUACUCAAGAAAAGUAAAAGCUAUUGGUAUGAAUCGCCGAAAGAUACCCGAUGGUUCAUUUGCAACCAUUGCCGGAUGGGGCUUUACAACUGCUAACGGUUCCGGUACACAAGUUUUGCAUUUUGCCAGAGUGCCAAUUGUCAAUCAGACAGUCUGUAAAACUUUACUUGGAAAUAGAGUUACGGAGCGUAUGAUUUGUGCUGGAUAUCUGAAUGACGGUGGCGUGGAUGCCUGUCAAAUGGACUCAGGCGGCCCCUUAGUAGUGCGAAAAGAAUUGGUUGGCAUUGUAUCAUGGGGAAUUGGAUGUGCAUUAACGAAUAAGCCUGGAGUUUAUGCACGAAUUGAGACUUUGUUUCCUUGGCUUAACAAUCUUUUGAAAAAACUGAACACUGCAAAGGAGCUAGCAAUACCACAAAUCUAUUAGGAUUCUUUAAGUAAUUAUCAGAACGCAAAUGUAAAAAGUGUAACGUAAUCAAAAGUAUAGCAAAGAAAAAGAAAAUAACGAAAUAAUGACUAGUUAUAUUACAGUAGACCAGCGGCAAAGAACAAAAAUGAUUCAAUUGAAGCUAUUAUCGCUCGGCACGGCAAAGCAAAUAACCGCUUUUCCAAUUGAGAAUAGUAAUGAGAAAACACUGAAUUUAAUUUAAGCAGCAGAAAAAACAUCCGCAUUAAACUUCCGUCAGAACUCAACCUUUACUAGACCACACUUUGAAAUCUACAAUUUGGAUUAACCAAAGGUAAUAGUGAAUAAGUUGAUACUAUCCCCACAAGCCAAUCUGCACUUCAACUUCCACAUAGACUAAAAAAUAUUUGAGUUCUGAGUUAAAAAAUUAGUACCACCACACGAAAUUUGUAAGCUAUACCCAUCUUCGGCCAGUGAUUAGAUAACCAUUUUCCAUUAUAUAUACAUAUAUCUAUCA